ACUCAGUUUUCUUCCUUGGUCUGUUCAGUGAUGCUCAUUAUCCUCGUUGUACAUGUUCAGAACAACGAAGCAGCUUUCCGUAUCGUUCCAACCCGACUGCAGCUCUUUGAACAGGAGUCAGUCUCCUUUCACUGCGAGGGUCUCGACGGCUCCACUCAGCUGAGAGGGAUCAGGGAUGCUGGGGAGUUUAUUUCCAGUUGUAGUGAGAGGACCCCCGUACUAUACUGCACCAUUAAAAGAGCCUAUAGUGGAGAUAGUGGAGAUUACUGGUGUGAGGCUGACGGAGGAGAAAGGAGCCACAGUGUCACCAUCUCUGUCAAUGGUGGCUCUGUGAUCCUGGAGAGUCCCGUCCUCCCUGUGAGAGAGGGCAGCGCAGUGACACUGAGCUGCAGAAACAAGACGACCACUUCCUCCAUCCUGUCAGCUGACUUCUAUAAAGAUGGCCGCCUCAUCAGGAGCAGCUCAACAGGAAACAUCACCAUCCAAAGAGUCUCUAAAUCUGAAGAAGGACUCUACAAGUGCAGCAUCCCUGACGGUGGAGAAUCACCAGAAGCUUGGCUGGCUGUCAGAGCUGUUCACAGAGAGACGUGUCCCUCCUUGGAUCACUCCCUUCACGUCCUCCUCGUCUUAAGGACUGUGUUCACCGUAGUGAUGGUGGCUCUGCUGCUGCUGCUGGUGGGACUGCUGCAUUGUGGGAAACUCAGGGUCACACAGAAAUAACUCAUGUACAAAGGUUAGAGAUAGUUUGGUCAUCAAGACAAUGAACACCACGAUCUGAGGACAUUAUCACUUUCUUCAGCAUUGUAUCUCUUCUUCUGCUCAGGUUGUGUGUGAGGUGUGUAACUUCUCUGUGUCACAUGAUGGUACGAGCAGCAGCUGCUAGACUUUCUCACACUCAAGACAAAGUUAAAAACCACAGAGAUACUGACUGACGCAUGCAUUUAUUUUAAAAGGCGAGCUGAUUGUAUGUUGUUUUUUUAUUUUAAUUUUAGACUCCAGAUACUUUCAGCUUCUCAGACAUGUCUGUAUAAAUAAAUGAAUGCAUCUGUAAAGAGGCCUUCAGGAGGAUUUAUAGAAACAAGUAACUUAUAACAUAUAAAAGACUUGUGAGGUUUGAACGUGGUAGAUACCUGCUAGAUUGUUAGCAUGCUAACUUUGGCUUAUAGCUCAAAGGACGGCUGUGAGCCUCAGAGAGAAACAAGACUGUAGACUGAAAGAAAAAAACUGUGUUUAUUUGAACAGAAAUCAUGUCAACGUGUUUUCAGUCAACAAAACUAACUUAUCUGGUUUUGGGUUCAAAACAUAAUUUAAUCAAUUAGAUCACAUUGAAAUUAAACAUUAUCUC